UCCCGACCGAUACCUAAUGGAUUCGCCGCAUUCCGCAGCACGCAGCUUUUUCAAUCGUUUGUAACGGUGUUUCACUGGUGGUUUGACCUGACGGUGCCGGGCCUUCGCUGCUGCGUUUCCGCAUGGUUUAAGGACGUGUUUGUUGACCUUUGGGCAAGCAUGUACCUGCCGAAUUUUUCCUGCGUUUAAUUCCGGCCAGGGCUUUUAACGGGUACAUAUUCCCCGCGUUUUUUGUUGGUUCGACAUUGUGUCUUCGCAUAUGUACGCGUAUAUACGAGGAUUAUUCUCAACAACCGGUCACUUGAUCAGCCAGCAUAUUCUAAUUUCUUGAAGGCGCACGCAACCGUCAUCUCCGACUGGACGGCGACAUCCAACUCUUAAUUGAAAUCUCCCCUGUCGCCCGGUUUUGAAAUGGGUCAAAUCAAUUAUCACGCUCAGUGCGCCGCAGCGACACAUCGUACGCGCAUUUAAUUCCCGGUUGAUCCAGUCCGGCUGUUCGACAUUGUCCCACAAAAACCGAUUGUCACGCCGCAUGAACAGCAGCACAUACAUACAACGGCUAGCAUUUUACCGGCGUCAGCGAAUCAAAUUGACACAGUGCUUAUAGCGGAAUGCGGUUUCAUUAAGCCGGUGUUUGCCGGGUUUUUGUUGCUGCGCGGAUUACGACGCCGGGGCAUCCGGCGGAUCAUGUGAGAUUUGCCAGCCAUCUUGUCAGCAAACUGGCCUUUUCUCUGCCGCACAAUGCACCGGCAUAAACUGCGUCGGAAGUGCGCGACGCCGUUUAUAUUAAUCGGCUCACUAGAGAAACGCCGGUUGCCGGCAUUUUCAUUCUGCAGUUGAUCGCCCGAUAAUCGAAUAUGUUUCCCGGAUAUUCGAUACCCGCGCUCGUUCUCCUACUGGCCGGCGCGUCCCGGGUGUCCUCCGCCGGGAAUACCACCCGGAGCCUCUCGGACGUCCUGGAGACGUCCUUAAUCACCGCGCUGUCGACGCUGUCCGGUGUCAACACCUCCAAUCUGCAUUUAUUGACCGCCCGGUCGACGGUGACCCUCCACGACGGCCUCCAGGACGUCCCGCUGCUGUGGCUGGCCUUGACGGACGACCCGCUCCUCGUCCGCGCCCUCCUCCGCGCCAACGACACCCUGCAACUGACCGCGCCCACCGCCACCCGCCUGUCUCUUCCGGUGACCCCGCCGACCACUUCCGUCGCCGGAGGGACCACACCGACCACCUCCGGCCCCGGAGGGUCACCGCCGACCACCUCGACGGUCAUCCCGACCCCGGAGGUGGUCCCGGACACCCGCCACUGCAACCACACGGCGCUGUACAACGCCAGUGACCCCGGGUCGUGGCCCCUGGUGUUCGGCGGGGUGUCCGAUCCCGAGGGGGUUGCCCUGUCGCAGCUGGACACGAAUAUCAGCGGUGUGGCGGAAUAUAUCUUGCGGAAACAUAAUUGUCUGAGGACACAGGUGACACCGGCGGCGGCCAAUAUGCUGAAGAUGGUCUGGAGUCCGGAGGCGGCGCGACAGGCGCAGGAGUGGGCGGAGCAGUGCCAGUACAAGCACAACAACCAGAGUGACCGCUUCACGCCCGAGUUCCAGUGCGGCCAGAACAUCGCCUACUCCACGCCGUGGGCCUUUUCCUGGAAUUCCAUCGUCAACAUGUGGUACAGCGAGUACAAAGAGUACACCUUCGGCAAACCCAACGAUCUCCAUAUUGUCGGCCACUACACCGCGAUGAGCUGGGCGACGACCUUCCAGCUGGGCUGCGGCUAUAAAGACUGCGGCGGCUGGCACUAUUACGUGUGCAACUACUGUCCCAGUGGGAAUUUCGGCGAUCUGAGCGAGCCGUACAAAGCCGGGAAGCCGUGCAGUGCGUGUCCGGAUAGCUGCGACGGCGGACUGUGCACCAAUUCCUGCCCGCUGGCCAACCUGUACUCCAACUGCGACGAACUACAGCGCAAGUACAAGAUCUGCAGUAAUCCCUUCCAGAAGGAGGCCGCCGACAGCUGCAAGGCCACUUGUCGCUGUCCGGGCAAAAUCUACCAGUGAAUUAGCACCGCAGUGGCACUUUCUUACAACGCUUCCCGUUUUCUAUCCAGUCCCUGACCGUACAGCGCCACCGGCCCCUUCCCGACAUUAUCCAGAUGUCCUUACAUGUUUCUGGAAUAAUUCACAGGACUUCCGGUCGGCGGCGCGUAAAUACCUUGCCCUAAUGAUGACUCAGCCAAAAAAAAAGUUUAUGUGUAAAAUGACGGUUGGUCCGUGGCGGAGUAACGCGACGAGGCGGGGCUGUUUCUGAUGACCUUUUGCAUGAUUGUGAUGUGUGCCGCGUAUAGCGCACCGAAUGUUUCUUCCCUGCAAGUGUCUGCCGACGCCGGUAUACCGACUGCGAAGAAGCGGCAAUUUAAAAACAAUACAGCAUUUCAUUCGUCACCGUAUCAACUGCAGCUAGCUGCUCUGUAUUAGUUUUAUGUUAAUCUGUUUCGAUUAUAACUGUAGAUAUCGAAAAUUACCCAUAUUGU